GGGGGGGGGCACGUAUCAGACUACGCUUUUAAAGGUAACUUUAGUGUGCCGUAGCGUCGAAAUGUAGCAACUACAAUUUAACUUUUCUGUGUGCCUUCGUUUCUAGAUUUCGUUUUAUUUAUUUGUUUGUUUUUUUAUUCUACAGUCAUCGACAAAACAAAAUGCUUGCAUUAAUCGUUUACUUUCUCUUUCUUUUCUGCUCUGUUUCAUUAUUUCUUUCUGUUUACUUUCCUCUACGUGGCAUUGCAAAAAACUGUUAAGGUCUCGCUACUCUUUCAGCACUCAUGUGCCCUGAAGGUAUUAGUUCAUUCUCAUCAGCUGCUAUUGUAUGGACAAGUUCUCAAGACAUUGUUAGGCCUUUUGGAGGUUUCAUCAAAUGCAGUGGGACAGUGUCGGUAUGAAAAAGUGCAGUAACACGUUUAGGUAGACUAUGGCCUGUGUGAGCAUUUGUGGAGCGUACCAAUUAAGCAGUAAUCUGUGCAUGUUUGGCCAAAAAGCUAUUCAAACCCAGGCUUCAGCGUACCUUUGGCUGGUCUUGGCAAAUUGCAUGUCAACUCAUACUACAUGGCUUUGGCUGCAUGUUGUUUUCAACAUGCAGCUUAUGCAAGCUAGUGUUGCAUGAAUCAGUCACAUGUGAGCAAACAGUGUGGGUAGCUGCAAGAAGCAUGCUCAGGAGCAUGAGGUUGUGUUUUUAUGUUCCCACCUAGGUUUAUAAUGUUGUACAUACAUUCUAGCAGCACUUCUAGUAUGGCAUGAGCUAAUAUUUCUUUCUGUAUUUAUGGAAAAAUUAAUGUUAUGCAUGUGUCAUUUAUGCCUUCACAAGCCUGGGGUGGGGUGGGGGGAGUAUUUGAUUAGCGUCCAGCUAUUGGACAUGUCCAUUUCAUCUGCUGAUGAAGUGCUGAUUGGCUGGGGGUGCCUGUCUCCUUACGCAUACCCCAGCCAAUUCUCCCUAGUUUAUAUCACUGGAUGUGCGACUAGUUUAUCAGUUUUAUCAGGAGUUAUCAAGUUUUUUGUUGCAUGCAAUAAACUGAUAGCUGUACGUGAGCCCCAAUAAAGCAAUUUUUCUCUUGUUGGGAAGGUGCUCAAGAAAUCUAGCUACCUUUUGCAACUGCCAUAGUCACUUCAAUUAACUGCGUGAAGCUUGUCGAAACAUUCCUUGAACACUUGUAACAGUAAUAAAGGACCAAGAACAGCGAUAAAGAGUUCUAGUACAAGCGUAUUUCUUUUGGCCUAAUGUUGCAUUACUUCCAAGUUCACUCCUAUGCUUGAACUGUAAGUACUCCUGUUCGAUGGACCGCUUGGUUGCUAGAUUCCUGAUUCAUGCUCUUAGCACAAUAUAAAUUGGUGUGCUCUUUGUGUCUUCUUCAUAUUGUGCUGGUAGUAUGAAUCAAGAUUUUGUUUGAUGUUGUACAGUACUAUCAUUGUAGCAAGAGUGAUCCCUAAGGAGCACUAAUGAACAUCUCAAACAGUAUAGGACUUGGAAAUCAUUAUAACAGCAGUGAGCAUACGCCUAUCUUUUUUUUAGAAAGCCAGCUAUAGUACUGUGAACUAGAAGCACACACUUCCUAUACCAUAAAGGUAAACUGUUUAAACGAGCUUAAACUGUGAAGAGCCCAUGAAGCACAAUUUCAAUUACACUGUCAACAGCAGAUAUUUCCUCAUCUGUCUUAAAGCUACAGAGGGUAAAUGCAGUGACAAGUUGCAAAAAUAAUUUGUUGCAAACGCAAGUUGAGGAAUAGAUAUCGCAUUUAAUGGUGGCAUUGAGGUUAUGCUUUGUUGACUUUGUAGUUUUGUACUAGGGAGCCUGAAUGUUUAUACGAGAAAGAUGUUAGUGUCUGAAUGUAAUGAGCUUGCGCUGUGAGGUAUGAAUGAAAGAUGGGCACUGUGCAUGCUGUAUGGUGCGUCAACAUUUUCCUGCUGGUGCGACACCGGCGGGGUUCAUUUUUAGAUGUAAAGUUUCCAGGUUGCGGCAUGCUUAUAGAUUUUAAUAGUGUCACAUCACAUAUUCAAAUAAUUAUGUAUAAGGAGUGGCAUAAUUAAAUUUCCUACUGAUAGCUGACGUUGGAGACCUAAGGCCCCAUCGGCGAAAGCUCUUCAGGACUAUAAAUAAAGUUGUUACCAAACUGAUAGCUGACGUAGAACAUUCCAGCUUCAACUUUGGCCUAGUUAUAGGUAGGUUUUUGUUGUAGGUCUUAGCAAUUAUAAGAAUAAAUAUAUACAGAAAGUUGAAGGAAAGAAGCCACUUCAGAACGAGUUUGAACCUGGUACCUUAAAAUUGUCUGCUAAACUGUUUCACUAAAUAAUCAACAAAGUGGAAGCGCAAAGAGUGACUCGUGGCUCGUGAGGCAGUUAUAAAGCAUGGUAUAGUGUGUGUGAUGCUUAUAUGCUCGGUUCAAGGCGAAAGGGGAUCAAAGUAGGUGCGAAGGAAUGAAAUGCAGGAUAGGUGAGAUGCUGAAACUAAAGCUAUACUUCCUUUGAGCAGGUGAUCUGUAAACUGCUGCUAUUCUUUUUCUUUUGUAAUUUACACAGGUGCAAAUGCUCGCCUCUGUAGCUCAGUGGUUAUGGCAUUCCACUGCCAGGCACACGAUCACUGGUUCAAUUUGUGGUUGUAGCCACAUUCUAAUGGAUGCAGAAUGAAUGAACAUUUGUGUACAAGGCUUUGUGGGGGCAUGACUGAGAAUGCAUUUGAUAAAAAUAUCGAACCUAUUGCAUUGAGACAUGACAAAGGAAUUCAGAGCAUUGUUGUAUUUUGAUGCGGGAGACUACAGAGUCAACAUCCAUAUUAGACAGAGUUGAUAUCAUAUAUCAGAUAGAGUUGAUAUCGGAAAAGCCAUGUUUUUUUGUUUGUGUGUUCAUGUGUUGCUGGUUUUGUACCGCAAUGUUUAGCUGUCUUUCAAACAAAAGUUAAGCUCUACGUUCUAACAAAUUGUGCACAACUGAUUUUACAGCACUGUAGAUGUUGCACUAAACACUUUUGGUGCCAACAUUACCAUUACUUGCAUUGUUCACUGUGUCUCUCUGUAUUGCUUUCUGUGCCUUAUGUUAGCUACCUUCUUUUUUUGUGAACUUUGGAUACAAAUCCUGGUAUCGCAGCCAUAAGGAGUUAAAUAGUCAUGCAAAUUACAGUGUUCUGAAUAAAGAACAACAUUUCGAUUUCAUUCACGAGUUCUAAUGGUCAUCCACACGUUUGGCAGUCUGAAAUAAGGUGUUUCUUCGCAGCCCAUCUGAUAAAACAUCGGUGGAAAAUUAAAACGAACACUCAUCUGAAAGAAACAAUGGCUUUUUAAUCGUGACAGUUUUUUCUAUAGAGCGCUGCUCUUAGACAAGAAUUCCUGUGGCAAGCACCGCUGUAACCGAGCAAACGAGCACAACGAAGGAUGAAAAAGCAAGUGCAGAGUGCAGCGGGGCAUGAAAGGUGUGAGGAGCAGCGUAUAGGGAAAACGUGAUAAAAAAAGCUUAGUGCGGCGAUUAUGGGCUACGAGAUGGUGCCAGAGUAGCAUGCCUGCGAGGUCUGUCUGCAGAAGCGGCCGUGAAUUGCACCCACGGGUCACCCAUGUGCUGCCUCUCGCGAUCUCCAGAUUAUCGAGGCAGUCUUGCCACACUUUGUGCCAUUUGCAGCUUGCCGCACAAGACAGAUUGUCCGUGAUAACUAAUAUAUCGCACAAUGAAAACAUGUAUAGAGCUGCAGUGAAAUUUCACAUUAGGGAGUAUUGUAAUUGUGGGAAAAUUUUUUUUUCGGCCCCUUGUGAUAUUUGCACGUAGCCUUGAGAUCCACAGUAGUGGACAGAGCACCUGAUGAGGUAUGGGAAGGGAGUUGAAUUCACGAAGCGAUUUCAAGCUAAACGUUCUCAAUUUGAGGCAUUUGACUGGAAUCAAAUAAGUAGGUAUGUAGGUGUAUGUGUAUACGCCUAUUUGUAAGUAGGCAGAUGUGGAAAGACAAUGUUGUGUAUUGGAUGUAAUUUUGUUUAAUUGUACUGUAAAGGUUAUUAUGUGUUUUGUUCGUUGUUUCUUAUUAAAUGGCAGUAAUGUUCAUCUGUUGUGACAUUUCUGUUGUAGCAUAAUGCUAUUCAGUGGUUUUUGCUGAACCACUGAGGUUUAUAAGCAUUUGACUCGGUCAGUCCUUGAGAGGAAGACCCAGCUUAGCCUUCGCUAUCCACAGAAGGGUGCUUGAAUCUGCCGUAGUACCAGAAGAGUACCAGCUGUUCUUGUGUGGAGGGCACCUCAUUACCUUAAUCAAAGAUUGGAUGCGCAAAAGUGAUUAUUGUUUAGCCAAAAGAAUCUGUAGCAUCUUGUUGAACUCAUACGAGCAUAGCUGUGCUCCCAACUUUGAGGGCAGUAAUUUCUUAUUCAGACCCAUGAUAGUGUGGCUUGCAAUGCAGGCAGGCCAGAUCAUUAUAGUUAUGGCUGAAUAUGUGUAAAUCAGUCUUAGGCUGUCUUCCAGGACUAAGAAUUGUCAGACUUUAACCAGUAUUUUGUGAGAGAGCAAACGUACACGCAUGAUUAAUGCGUUGGCACUGCUUUCACUGCAGUGUGCACAGAUAAUGUUAUGACUUUUCAUUUUAUUUUGCCCCGUGCGACGUUUGGUUCGACAGUUGGGUUUUCUUUAUGACGUUUUGGUUUCUGUUGUGCCCAUGUCCUUUGCACAUGCUGUCAGUAUUAUUAAUCAACUGUGUUGUUUGUCUCUCCUCUUUCGUAGUCUCUCGACAGCUUGAGUCGGCAGAAUCAUACGGCUUGGAUACUACGGGUCCCUUUAAUGAGCAUGAAGGUGCACUGCCUGCUGGCCACAUGCUUCUCCAGUUUCCUGCGCCUGUCCAGCUGUUCUUCGCCGAGCAGUUCGAAGCUGGAAACAGUCAGAAGUCUGGAUGCAGCGCAAGUCUUAUUGCUCCUGGGCCCACUGUGAGUGGAACAGACGCACCUGUUCCCUUGAAAAGUCAUAAGCCAAGACCUCGCGGAAGACCCAGCACUGGCAAGAAAAGACACGGGUGCCACCUGUGCACAAAGAGCUUCAUCACAGCACGAGACCUGCGCACACACCUGCUGAAACACCAGGGCCACAAGCCGUUUCACUGCCACCUGUGCCCGGCCACCUUUCUGGCACGUGGCUACCUGGCCGACCACCUGCAGAGUCACUCGACCACCAAGCGCUGCAAGUGCGACCUCUGCCCAAGGUCGUUCAUGCGCCCCGUACAGCUCAACCGGCACAAGGAACGCCACCACUCUAACGCGACGUGAACGCUCGAGGGUUGUGCAGUGGAAUGUAAUGAAGUAGCCAUGUUGUUUUACUGCACAAAGCAGUCAUUGAGGAAAUUGAGUUUAAGUUGUGGCAAUGUCAUAUUAUUAUGCAACGCUUGAAGUGCACACACAUAAAUUGUUCCAUGGCCAGGAUCAGAGGGUGUUGGAUGUUAAAUUUAGCAUGGUGAUAGUUCAUAUAACGAAGUUGACAUCUGCAAAAUUUCAGAGUUAUUGGAUGGUUAACAUAGCUGUAAUUAACAGCUAAGAAUUAAGUUGGAGGGAAGUGCAACAGCUCAUAGCAAUGGGCAGCAGGCACAUUUCCCCGUCAUUUGAGUGAAAUCGUUUUGUAAAUACAAAUGUACCUAGUUAACUCCUUGUGACAUAAGCAACUUUUACUGCAGUAACAGCAGCAACAAUGCAUAAGCAGAGCUGUUUAGGUCCAAGGCCUAAUUUUUUCCAUAUCCACCACCAUUUCUCAGUGGCUCUUGUGUUACGCUGGUGGUCCUGCAGCCACAGAUUCGACUCCCAGCCAAAGUGGCCAUGUGUCAGGCAGAGCUAAAUGCAAAAGUGCUUGGUAACAUGCAUUAGAUAUGUGUUGACAGGCCCAGCUGUUCAGAAUAAUUAUGCAAUUCCCUUCACUACACAGUACAGUCAAACUUCUAUAUAAAGAACCUUGAUUUAGCGAAAUUCAGGAUGUAACUGUUCUCAUUUACCAGUCUUAGUUUCAUUGAAAACCAUGUAUUUUUCCGCUAUUUAAUGAAGUAAUUUUGUGACAACGAUUUUGUUUAAUGAAGUUUUCGGCCAUUUAAAGCAUGUACUUGUACGGCUGGUAAAUGUAGCAAGAAACUAUAAAAAUGUCAGUCAAGGCAAAAGGUAUUUGCAAGCAUCCUGCUGAAUGAAAAUUCAAGUGGCAGAAACACCAUUGAAGUGCGAGCACUCAGGCGAGGUAUGCAGGAAACACCGCUGCACCAUUUGUCACGUUGCUAAACAACUUGCGGAAACCACAGGACACAACGCGGCUCGAAGAAACAUGAAAGCUGACGAUUUAUUUGGUGCAAGAGGGGGGGGGGGGGGAGGAGAGAAGGAGUGAACGUGCAGUAACCUAAUCAAGCAUGUACAAAAGCGGAAGGCAGGAGAGGCACAUUCACAUCUAUCUGCCCUCUUCCUCUAGUGUGCCCACCUCCUCUCAUACCCUGGCCGUGAGAGCAUGGCUGUCCACUAAUGGGCCAUGCACCAUAUCUUAGACGUAACCUGCGGCAAGUGGAAAGGGAUUUGUUUAGAAAUGUUCACUGACAGGAUUCUAUCUACCAGCAAUGUCCUGAGAAUUGGUGAAAUUAUUUUUACUCCUGAAAUUUUAAAACCUGGAAUUAACAAAAUUCUCGACUUAGCGAAGUCUUUUGCCACAAGUACAACUUUGUUAUAUCAAGGUUUGACAGUAUUUCAUAGCCUGUAUGUUUCUUUUCGGCAAAUGAGCACCAUCUGUUCACGAAAAUUUUUUCCGGAAUUGUUUGAGUGAGCUAGCUGCCCUGGUGAACACGACAGCCACCCAGAACUCGCAACCGCUUCCUACGUCUCUGUGUCCAGAAAAGAGUGCUCGCGGUACCUGGCAGCAGCUGUCAGUGCGCCUCCUAUAAUAUUCUUCAUGUAACGUUCUGGGCAACUUGCUACUGUUGCAUCAAUGCUGCACAUUUUCUGGGGCAAUUCGUACAGAAUUUGGUUGACGCUAUUGUUCUCUCCUCAGCACAAGUUCUCAGCAAAGCAGCCAACAAUGGUUCUCAGCUCAAUUCAAAAGUGGUUUCUUGAAAACAGGGACGGCAUUUUUGGGCUAUCACUUUCAGAGGUAGUUUCACUUUCGUGAGAUUUCGUGAGAAUUCGCACUGGAUGUGUUGAAAUAUACAGCCAACAGUGCUCAUGGCACUAUGCAAAGAUAGCAAUAUUGGCACAACACUAGAAACAGCCAUCAGCCCUAUACGCUGAUGUGUCCAGGGCUGGGUGUCCUAAACUUUCGAAAAAAUGAAACUAUCUCUGAAAGUGAUCAUUCGAGAAUACAACCGCAGGUGGCACUCAGCUUUCGCUUUUGACAAUGAGCGAAAAAGCAGGCUUGUGGACAAAGGCUUUGAGAGCUGGGGAGUUUAGCAGGGCAGCCAACUUGCAACACUGUUGUAUUGACGCCAGCUAUGGAUCCUGCCGUUCCAUUAUGUGACAGGUUCACUGCCCGUCUUGUAAAAAAUUUGGCCGCAUGAUUACAACGCAAAGGCAAUUGCCAUGCCCAGCAGCAGUGUUCUUGCUGGUUCAGCAUUCAAUUGAAAAAUGUCCAGUUGCUUAAUAGUGAUGCAUUCUACGAGACUCCGCGUGAUUCGUAUGACAAGCUCAGAGUUGAAAGGGGACUAGUUUCUCAAAGCAUGUGCCUCCUUUAGGACAGCCAUCUUGUUGCUUUGUAUUGGCAGAUUUUAUGUCAAUCAAGAAAGUCUUUCCUGUUGUAGUAUUGUAAGAAACCAAGAAAAUAAGUGUCAACAGUGUAUCUUCAGUGUAAAAAAUUGUGUACAGUAAAACCUCGUUAAUUCGAUCCUCGUUAAUUUAGAAAAUCGGUUCAUUUGGAGCUGUCCUUUGGUCCCGGCAGGCAUACGCAUUAUUUAUUGCAAUCAAACUCGCAUUAAUGCAGGCAUAUUUGGCCAUAUGUCGGUUCAUUCUGGCAAAUCUUGGAGCUUGACGAGCAAAGGGUGCUGCAAAUGUGUGGCAAACAGUAGUUUUGUUUUGACUCAGUGCAACUGCUCCACACUUGUCAUAAACAUGGCGGAAGCGGUCGAGGAUGAAGAACGCCGGCUGUAUCGCAAUGGAUGGACAAUCUACUGGUGACCAGCUGCGUGAUUGAUUCAGAACGCCAAUCAAUCACAAGAUGACGAGAAUUGCAGCUUUUGCAUUGUUUGUGUGCAAGAUAGAAACAAAAUUCGCUGAUUCAUUCAGUAAAUAAAAACGUGCUCACUUAGUUAGCUCUUGUGUAUUGUUAUCUUGAUAUCCUCAAUAGUUUGACCCUCGGUUAAGUCGCAAUUUUUCUUUUUUUUUUUUUGGUCCCCUGAAAUUCGGAUUAACAAGGUUCUACUUUAUAAUGUUAAAGAUUGGCAUGAAGGUGAGGGAUAAAGACAAGAAAAGAUUGGCUCAAUUUAUUUAUUUCGUUUACUGACACGUGUGUUCAUUCUCACAUAUUUUUUCUUUUCUUUUUUUCUCGUAUCCUAGUCACUCGAAUAUAUUUUGUUUUGCAUUGAAUUUAUAUCUGCACACCAAACUGACUUGUCUGCUAUCCUAGACUGCAGUGUUAUUCACUUGGACACAAGCGCAAUAGCAUGCUAGUAAAGCACUUCUACAUCUGUC